AUGAGCGUCCUGAUCAAAAACGGGCACAUCUUCACCGCGGUGGACAACUACCUGGCCGACAUCCUGGUGGACGAGGGAAAAGUCCGCACCAUCGGGAUUGACCUCACGGCCGACGCGGAGAAGACAAUCGACGCCACCGGCAAGUAUGUCAUUCCCGGAGGCAUCGACCCACAUACGCACCUGGACUUUCCCUUCGGCGGUACCGUGUCCUCCGACGACUUCAGCACCGGAACCAUCGCAGCGGCGGUGGGCGGCACCACCAGCAUUGUGGAUUUUGUAGUGCAACAGCGCGGCCAGGCUUUGACAGAGGCACUGGAAAUCUGGCAUCAGAAGGCCGAGGGCCGGGCUGCCAUCGACUAUGGCUUCCACAUGAUCGUUCAGGACCUGCCCGACCACCGGCUAUCCGAGAUGGACGAGAUGGUCAGGCAGGGCGUCACCAGCUUCAAGAUGUUCAUGGCCUACCGCGGCGCGGUGAUGGUGGACGACGACACCAUCUUCAAGGCAAUGGUCCGGGCUUCGGACAACGGGGCGCUGAUCUGCCUACACGCGGAACACGGGCACAUGAUCGACGUUCUGGUGCAGCAGGCCCUGGCCCAGGGCAAUACGGCCCCCAGGUUCCACGCCAGCACCCGCCCGCCGGUGACCGAGGCGGAGGCCACACACCGGGCGAUACGCAUGGCAGAGAUCGCCGGUGCUCCGGUCUACUUCGUGCACCUGAGCUGCACCGAGGCACUUGAGCAGGUGCAGGCGGCCCGCUCCCGGCAGAACUACGUCUAUGCCGAGACCUGCCCCCACUACCUGACCCUGGACGACAGCAUGUACGACCAGGAGGGUUUCGAGGGGGCCAAGUACGUACUCACCCCGCCGUUGCGCAACAAGGGGCACCAGGACGAACUCUGGAAGGGGUUGCGUCGCAACGACCUGCAGGUGGUGUCCACGGACCACUGCGCCUUCCGGUUCGGCGACCAGAAGACCCUGGGACUCAACGACUUUUCCAAGAUUCCCAACGGCGGGCCUGGGAUCGAGAACCGUCUCAGCCUGCUCUAUACCCACGGAGUCGACUCCGGGCUUAUGGACCUUAACCGAAUGGUGGAGUUGUUCUCGACGAAUCCGGCCAAGCUCUUCGGCCUCUUCCCUCGCAAGGGCACCAUCGCCGUGGGCAGCGAUGCCGACAUAGUGGUGUUCGACCCCGACGCGGAGACGGUGAUCAGUGCCCAGACACAUCACAUGAACGUGGACUACAACCUGUACGAAGGGAUGAGGGUGAAGGGCGUGCCCGAGACGGUAAUCGUCAACGGGCGCGUACUGGUCGAGGAUGGUCAGCCCGCCGGCAUCCCGGCAGGUGGGCGUUUUCUCCGGCGCAGCACGCAAUAA